UUUGGACUUCUUGUGACCAUGGCUGUUCUAAAACUGACUGUCUUCGCUGUACUGAUUGGAGCGGCGCUGGGUUCCACUCUGUAUGUGAGCCGCCCUCUCUCCAAAGACGGUCCGUCGGGCGGAUCGCGGAUAAUCAACGGGAUGGAGGCUACCCCGGGAGAGUUCCCACACCAGGUUACACUCCUGAAUAACGGCUACCACUCGUGUGGUGGAUCCGUCAUUGCCAACGACUGGGUCCUCACCGCCGCCCAUUGCGUCGACGGACAGGCUUUGUCCUCCCUGGCCGUUGUGGUGGACCUACACGACUUCAGCAACCCCGGCAGUAGCUACAUCUGGUUCGAUAUUGCACAGAUCAUUAUGCAUAACAGUUACAACAAGGGGCCCGGUGGUUUCCCUAACGACAUGGCUCUGCUGCGUCUGUCCAGAUCCACACAGCCGGAUAUCACGAAAAACAUCAUCGAGUUGGCACCGGGAGGGACGUCGUUCGCCGGCGAGAGAUGCACCAUUUCCGGCUGGGGAACCACAGAAACCGGAACCGGCGCGUCCAUUCUGAUGAAAACUGACGUCAACGUCCUCACGAAGGCGCAGUGCACUGUAUACUGGGGCUCAAGCAUCCUCGACCAGCACGUGUGCAUCUGGGGUCAGGACACCGCUCAGGGAUCUGGCUCGUGCAACGGGGACAGCGGCGGCCCGCUCGUCUGCCGGGGUUUCCUGGCCGGUGUCACAUCAUGGGGACGCAGUGGUUGUCACGACAACGGUUUCGUCACAUCUCCCAGCGUCUACGCGAGCGUUAGCUACUUCCGGUCCUGGGUAAACAGCAACUGCGGCGGCUGCCUCUAGAUGUGUUCUUGUAUUUUAUUAUUUGAAAUAAAACUCUACGCAUUCA